GACCCCGCCCGGCUGUCUCUCUUCGUCCCGCCCACCAUCUCAGUCCCUGGUCUGUCAUGCCAGAUCUUGCACGUCCCCAAGGCAUACGUAGAAGACUGUCCUGACCCCUCCACACCAACGCACUCGAUCCCGUGGUUUUCUACUCCAGCAUUCGACGACUCCAUCUUUGAAACAUCUCCGCUGUCCACGAAUGACCCUACUACUAGACUGCCCGAGCAGCACGCUACGGAGGUGCGCGAUCUGCCUCUCGACAUGCAACAUGCGCUCUCCGGCGGGGUCAACUUCUCUAGCGCGGAUAUGCCUUCUUUGCACGGUACUUCCGAGAUCACCCUCGAGGACGUUCUCAGUGGGGCUGGCUUGUUGGAAGCUGUCAUGAGUGUAGAGCAGGAUGAGAGGCCACCUCCGCCUUCUAUGAUGUCGGACUCGGGCUGGGAGCCUGAAUAUGAUGAGCUUGCAUCGCCUGCACGACCCGUAGCAACCGUCGAAGAAGCUUCCGAGAUACUGUUUGGAUCAUCCACGGUGCCGUCUGACGUCUUUCCGUACCCCAACAAAGGGAUGAUGAAGACCGACAUACUCUUCAGCUCGCCCACUAUCCGCUUUUCACGCUCGCAGAAGGAGGCAGUUCUUGCCUGGGCGAAGGCGAUGGGUGCGAAGGAUGUCCCGACCUUGUAUGGGCUUGAAAAGUUUCAGGGCGACGCCCUGGACAGUGUCGGGGACCCGACCCAGAAGAUUCAGGCACCCUCCGGCAAUGUGUUCUAUAGGAACACAAUAUAUCAAGCACUUGCACGGGAUUACGCUCUCCCGGCUAAACACCGGCAGAUGCACCUCUAUCCAGAAUUUGCAGGCAAACGCGUGAAGGAAGCAUGGAACGCCUCGAAAUGGCUUGUUGAUGUCCCGGAUGCGGUUCUGACACCCAUGACACGCAUCCGGGGCAAGGACUUCUUUGUGAACGAGUUAGCCUACUGUACGGAUGGUUCAUGGUUCAUACCGACGCGCUUUUUCGAUUUCGAAGGCGCUCUUUGGGCGAAGGGGUACGCCGCCACGGACUCCGCGGUUGGGCUCGCUGUUGCAGACAAACCGAGCAUUCUCCCGUGCGCUCGGUUUGAUAUCCCCUGGCCCGAAGUGAAGGAACGUGCGCAGGGUAAAGAAAUAUUUGCGCCACAGAGCACUCAUUUCGCCAAGUCAAUGCCACACCCGGACCGCCUCCUCGCAGAGGGAUUGGAAGUAGAAUGUCCACCACUAAUCAUAUUCAUCGACGACGUCUCCGGCAACAGUAGUAAACAGUGGAACGUCCACUACUCAUGCUACGUUUCCAACGCAGCGCUUCCACGAGCUGAGCUCGAAAAGGAUGGUAAUAUCCGAUUCGUUGCCACCUCUCCUCAUGCAUCUCCAAUGGAAAUUAUCCGUGCUGUAUGCGAGGACAUCAAGAAGAGCGCCGCCAAGCCGUUCAAAGUCUGGGACGCUAUGAAGCAGCGCUAUGUCCUCAUCCGCCCCUGGGUUCUAUUCCUGCCCGGCGAUAACCCUAUGCAAGCAGAACUAUGUAGCCACAUCGGACUACAAGGGAACCAUUUCUGCCGUAUGUGUCAUGUCGGUGGCGACCAGGCCUUCAAGUCCUCGAACGAAGGCUUCCCUUCUCUCAUGGUCCCUGGGCGCCCACGGACAGUCCCUGAAACAAGGGAAGCCAUUAUGUCCCAGCUCAUUACUGCAACACACGCUGCGGGGGAGAAGCCCUUAAAAACUGCGAUCACUACGAGUGGCGUCAAGGACUCGUUCGCCAUGCCCAUCCUCAAUCAGCUGAUUGCAAAGGGCAAGAUUCUGCGCCGGGCUACCCCCGCGCGGAAGGCACUUUCGCCGGAGUUGGUCAACAAAGAGCUAUAUGAGGAGCUGAUGAAGAAGACUGAUGUGCCGCUACGGAGUCCCCUGUUAGAGAUGGAAGGCCUUGACGUACAUAAAGACACGCCCGUCGAGCCGCUUCACACGCACCUGCUGGGCGUAGUGAAAUACUUCUGGGCCCAGACGGUCUGGGUGCUCGAGAAGCAAGGGCGCUUCGCUGAGUUCCAGGCUCGUCUGAACUCGCUCUCCCGCCUUGGACUGAAGAUACCGAACAUCAUGGCAGAUUACAUGUGCCGGUACCGGGGCGCACUCAUCGGCAAACACUUCAAGACCAUCAGCCAGGUCAUGGCAUUUGCCAUUUCCGGGCUGGUCGACGAGACGCUGCAGAAUGCGUGGGUAUCCAUUGGGCAUCUGACGGUUCUACUUUGGGAGACCGAGAUCGCCGAUGUCAAGGUUUUCGUGAAGGAGCUCCGCGAUGUCAUACAGGAGACCAUUGACUUUGCGGCCGCCCUCAGUCCCGGGCUUCUGACUGAAAAGAACAAGUUUCACAUCCUCGCCCAUCUCCCGGACCAUAUCGAGCGCUUUGGGCCCGCGCUGCUUUUCUCCACAGAGCGAUACGAAUCCUUCAAUCACAUAUUCCGGCUAUGUUCCAUCCACAGCAAUCGCCAAGCUCCCAGCCGGGACAUUGUGAGGACAUUUGCAAAUCAGGAUCGCUGUCGCCAUAUGGCGUCGGGAGGUUUCUGGCAGGACAAGGUGACGGGUUCUUGGGUACGAGCAGGCGACGGGGUUCUGCGCCACAUCGGAGACAACGCUAUCGAUGCACGGCUUCUUGGGCUGACGCCUGAGAAGUCCGCUACUCCCGGCGACAUGAAUCUUCUGCCUCUCCCUCCCCGCCGUCCAGGCCAGCCUCUCCCACAGCAUCCCAUCAUCUCCUGGGCGCACACAGACGCCGCUCGUCUCAAUCCUGCGUUAGAACAUUUACCAGGACAGUGGCACCGCGCCGCGUCCUUUGUCACUCAGAAUGGGGACAUGGCGUAUCUAGGGUCCGAGGUGAUUGUGCAGAUCCCUGCAAGCACGGGCGCCGUCACAAAGACGUUCGCCUCAAUUGUGGAGAUCCUCCAGUCCACAACGCCGAGGGAUAUCCCAUCAAGGGUGGUAGUAUGGGAGUCUGUUGUUCAACCCAACAUACAUCCGCACCUCAAGAUGCCUAUGGUACAACGCACGGGAGACGUCCAUGUGUUACGCACUGAGAUGUUCGACUGCGCGGUGAACGUGCAGCAUGACUGUACCACGGGUGGUUGCACUGCAUCAGGUACACAGCAGCUUCGCCAGGAGCGAGAAGCAAGCACACGCACGCGCACAGUUGUACAACACACCGACACCGUGCAUUAUGUCCUCAACCUCACAGCCCUUCACAACCAAUCUCGUCUACGUGCAUGUCUGCCGGCGUCUCUGUAUGCGCGCCCCACAACCUGCCACGAUUGUCCCGCCCUCCACAAACGCGCCACCGAGUCUCUCCGCAACACCAAGCUUCAAAAGAAGCUCGCACGGGAGGCCCUGGUCCGCAAGAGCGCGGAGUCUGCUCUCCAGGCCAGUGUCGCAAACGGCGAUGUCGGGGAUGCAUUGGGGCUAUGCGCAAGCCUCGCUCUUGACACCUCCGAGUCUGUUGACGACCCCGCCCUGCCACCUGAAGUCCACACGGCCAGUGCUACAGUCGCGAGCCCUCUUGCGGCGCCUAGAGGCCCUCGGCAGAGGAAGGGAGCCCGAGCCAGUGGCGCUACGGGCGGCGGCACAACGCCUGGCGGGAUCCCUGCUUUGGCUCAGUCACACGGCAGACAGUCGGGCACGAAGAGGGGACUAGAUGCAGACUCCGGGGGCUUUGAUGCGCAGGUACCGCAAGUUGUCGACGGCUCCGCAGGAGUCGUUGAACCUUCGCCUGCGGAAUCGCGAGCCCCAGGUGCUGCAGUCACGCACAGGCUGGAGCCUGCACACCUGUACAGAAACGGCGGCGACGCCAACAUGUCGCCCUUUGAUGGCCCGGUCUCUUCGGACGCACGCGAAUCUGAAAUGGAUCUCGAUGGCGAUGAAGAGGCCGGUAACACGAGGCUCAGUUCAUUGAUGGGAGAACACGAGGCCGACAACGGGUUCUCUCUCAACGACCAUUCUCGCAGCCAGUAUCAAAGCUACGUGCAGGAGAAAGUCCGCAAGUAUGCCCUUUCAAGCAGCCAGUAUGACGAGCUCAUGGCAUUUUGCGAGUUAUCGCCAGUCAUGAUGCUCAUCGACAUCAAGAUCCACAAGAUGCGGACCGAGAACGACAUCCUGAAGCGCUUUCUCCGGCUCUUUGUGCGCCACCCGGACUUCGUCAUUCGGCUGCGGCAUGCAGUUGCUGCUGCGCUUCUCGCGCCCAACCUCCCCGCAUAUGUCGAAGGGCUCACUACACAGCUCACAAGAUACCUCGAGGAUCAUGCAGAGCGUCUCCUCGGUGUCCCGAACGCACAGAAGAGCGAUCCGGCCGAUUGGGCUCUGAUCAAAAGCUCCAUCGCCGUCGAGUUAUCGAACCAGCGAUCGGCCAUGAAGUUGAAGAUCGACACCAGCAUCAAGAACUCACAGGACAUCUACGAGCUGACUCAUUCGCUCCUUCGGCACAACGACAUGCGUCCGAAGAAGGAGCACUGGGGACGUUUCGCCUUUUUGCGCCAGUGCACCCUCAAAUACGACAGCAUCCCGGCAAAGAAGCGCGGGGAUUUUUGGAAGCACAUCGACCAGUGCCUCGUCGAUGCACGGAAGAAUGCCCAAGAGCAAUACCCUCGCCCCGACGAUGCCACCGCUCGUAAGAAGCACGAAACACUGAUCAUCGCUCACUUCCUCGAGACCGACAUCAGCGGCUUCCCUCUCAAAUCCGGCGGCCAUAUUCGCGUGGUUUACGAGAACGAAGGGUUGACGGAGCUCCAAUAUGCGACUGAGAAAGUCGUAGGUACGUUCUUGGCUGACGACAUCUCUGUCCCCGCCGCGGGUGCGCGCGAACGUUCCCCUUCCGUACAUAUGGGCUCGGAAGGCAGAGAGUGAAGUUACGGGGCUGCACCAGCGAGUAUCUACGUACAUGUGUUAUAUGUAACUUGUCGUGGCCUAUCAACAAUGAUGUCUUCU